AUAGAGGAAAUUCGAACAUUCCGAGAAUAUUUCACGUUUCUCACUUUCUGAUCUUUUCUGGACAUGGAAAUCCCUAUAUAUACAGUGGAUGCGUUCACACGGGUACCAUUUGAGGGGAAUCCAGCAGCAAUUUGUUUAGUUUCUCCUGAGCACGACCUGUCCGAAGUACAGAUGCAGAGAAUUGCAGCAGAGAUGAAAUUGUCAGAAACAGUUUUCUUGCGCAACAAAGAGAAGAAUGGCUCAUUUUUAAAGGGUAAUCAGUUUCACAUCCGAUGGUUUACUCCAACCAAUGAAGUGAAUUUAUGUGGACACGCUACACUUGCGACUGCUGCAGUCUUAUACAAUGAGUUAGGUAAUCCCUCAUCAAGUGUUACUUUUGACUCCCUCAGUGGUGAAUUGGUGGUAUCUAAGGAUGGAAAUGGAUUUGUAAUGAAUUUUCCUCUGAAUGAAACAGUUUCACAGGACAAAGCUGAUUACAGCAAGUUAUUAGAUUUGAUCAUAUCUUCCGAGUGUAUAGAGGCAGUUGAAUAUUCCCCCAACACAAAGAAACUACUUGUGAGACUUACAGACAACAUGACAAGAAACCAGCUAGAAUCUCUGAGACCAGACAUUUCCAGCAUGGUAGAUGCCGUGGCUACUGGGAAGGUCAAAGGUGUCAUAGUGACCUUGAGAGGAAGUCGGGAAAAUGGUGCCGUCAGUUUAGAAGGGGAGAUGUAUGAUUUUGUUUCUCGAUAUUUUGCUCCCUGGAAUGGGAUUCCAGAAGACCCUGUUACAGGUUCAGCACACACAGUUCUGGCCCACUACUGGGGGAAAGUUCUCUGUAAAAAAGAUUUAUUUGCUCGGCAGUGUUCACAGCGUGGGGGUGAUGUCAGAAUGAGGGUCCUGGAGGGGGACAGAGUUGAUCUCAUUGGCCAGGCUGUUACAGUCCUUAAGGGAUCCCUCUUAUUGUGACAUAAAAAUAAAUUUUUAGAAAUGUA